GGGAGAACGAAACAUAUCAGUGUUUAUCACAAACAUUAGAGAAUUCAUCCAAGAAUUUCAGAUAUAUACUGAAUUCUUGGAAUAUUUUAAAAGAAAAUACCUUGAAAACGAUGCUUUGUGCGAUGGUCUGCAGCUUUCCAAUCACAAUUAUUCGAGACCAACAACUAUGUGGAAAGUUGGCACAAUUAAUUUCGUUAAUCGUAUGUUACACACUAUUGUGAAUGAUAUAUUAUCGGAUUACAUCCAAAAUAUCAACAGAAUGUAUCUCAACAUCGGUGGAAUGAGCCCAGAAGAAAGAAGACGUUCCCGCGAAACAAAUGCAGAAGCCACAAUUGAAGCCAUCAUUUCAACGUUGGUUACUGAAGUAACUGAUCUUGGUCAAAAUAAUCAAAGUACUGGUUGUCGUGUAUGCUCGUUUAGGAAUCACAUUAUCAGUUAUGAAAUUAUUGUAGCAUAAGAGCAGAUGAAGGCGUGUGAUUGCGCAGACUUCCAGUUUAACGGAACCGCUUGCAAACACAUAUAUCUUUCGAAAGGACUUUAUAGAAAUCUGCUUAUCUUCGAGAAUAUGACUUCUGAAAUACAAUCCACGGGCUUACCAGUCAUUGUUAAGGAGGCUUCACUGUCUCAAGGUGGUCAAGUUGUCGGUUUCACUAAUCUAACAGCCUCCAUUCGAACUUCAAGGGAAUAGUCGCAUUAGUGAAGAACAAUUUACAAAUUUUAAUACAAAUAUAAAAAAUAUCUUCAAUAUACUACAAACUAACAACAAUACACAUCCCAAUAUCAACCUGCGAAUACAUCGUAGCUAAACAAGCGUUACAAGUAGCAAAUGAUAUAAACAACCUAAAAAAAUUUCCUUCUC